UUGUUAGCUGGGAAUCGCUUUGGCAGUCAAAAAGAAAAACGACGGUCGCCUCUUUCUUCUUUCGCCACAGACGAUAAUGAUAACGAAAAAAUCUUAAAACAGCAACCGUGCCAAGUGUUUCCGACCACACCAAACGGGAAACAGGAUCUAAAAUUCAUUUCACACGCUGUACGCUGUUAGUUUGCCGCUUCGUAGAGUGCUUUCUUUACUAGUUUUCCGAUUCGGCAUAUAAACAAACCAGUAGUGCGUCGUGUACAAAGGAAAGGUAGCUAGGCGGGCACAGGUGGUGGACGGAAGGUGGCGCAAUAAAGAAAAUCAUGCAUCCGGAUCGCCGAUUGUAUCUUCUGGUGCUGUAUGUGUUCGCACUACAGCUCCGGACGUCGAUAGGAGGCAAUCCGCGCGACAGUGCCCAGGUCAGUGCCCGGAAUGUGGCGAGCAAUGGCACCAGCAGCAGUAGCAACAGUAGCGCCAGAAGCAACAGUAGCACCAACAUUGCCUGUCGGGAGGAUGUGCUCGACCAAUGUCCCCCGAAUGCGUCAUGUGAUAAGGGUCAGUGUGUUUGUCUUUUCGGCUACAAGCUGAAUGCCGCGUAUCACGGGAAGAACGCCUCUGCCAGCAGUCCGCCGCCAGCCAUGCCUGUUCCGAGCACCAACGCUGCCUCCAUUACGUACUGUUUGCCGGACGAAACCGGCGCCAAAGCAACCUCCCUGCACGGAGGACCUGGCAGCAAUAGCAGCAAAGCGCCGGGCGACGGAGCUGCUGCCGAAGGAGAUGGUGGAAAGGCGGGACAGUUGCCCCUGCGGGAACCGGUCGCUGCUCAUCACAUCCUCGGUGGCGUGCUGAUCCCACUCGCCUUCGUCGUGAUACUGAUCGGCAGUGCCAUCCUCGCGAAGCGUACAGAUCUCUGGGCACGGCUACGGCAACGGUUCCUCGCGCACCGGAACCGCCACCGACGGCGGCCGGCCUACGAGGACGUGGUGCUAGUCACCCCGUCGGUAGAGCACCACGGUUGAGAGGUCGUGUCUCGGUGCAAGCAUGUCGUACUAGAGCGAGUGUGUGUAGCGGCUGUUCGAUGUGCUUAUUGGUAUUUUCUGUUUAGCGUAGAUUGUCUGUCCUCUAAUCCCCCUUCUCUCCCGUAGUACCACCACGGUAUUAUGUCCCUUCUGCUAACAAACCCUUCCAUAAUCGACGACUCAUUACCAUUAUGCGUAACCGAAAUAUCUCUCUCUCUCUCUUUCUCUCUCACUCUCUGUUCUCUUCUUUCACUGUUCCACAUCACAACUUCCUUUUCGUUACUAACGACCCCCCUUAAUCAACUAAACAAAACCAACAACGACCGACAACGACGAAUUGAUGAGAGCAGUGGGCUUUGAGCCACAGGCGGGCAGGCUUUGAGAACGCCAAAGAGAACAGUACCAUGCCGAGGAAGGGUGCGCAUUUAAGUAGAUGUGCUUGUUUUUACAUUAUCGCCCCCCUUAUCGAGCGCGAACUUGCUGCAACCUACGUUCCUUAACGAGAAGAAGAAGAAGAGCGCGAUCCCGCGGGGUGAUGUACUGAAGAAAUAAGUUUAAAAUCUAAGUCAUUGAGCGCGGAGGAUGAUCGGAACCGAUCGCACACAUACGCACAACACCGUAAGAUAGUGGAGUAGAAGAUCGUAGCGAUGAGAAAUAGGGGGCAGAGGGGGAGGCAGAGGUACCCUGAUAAGAAGCUGGGAGCUGCAGCACGGGCAGAGGAUAAGAUAGAAUCUUGCCAAAUGGAAAAAAAACAUAUUCUUAUUUGAAAGCGAAUUAGCAGUUAAGAGAAUUAUUGAAAACAGAGUUGUGUUGGUCCAGUGGAAUUUGGCGUUGAAACAGCAGAAACCAAAUGUCUUUUUGAGGAAUUAGAUAGUGUAGCGUGUGUGUUUGAUCACACUUUCACCAAAAACAAAGAGAAUGGAAAGACGUGGAAGUUGUAAGAAUUUAGAGAAUGUCGAAGCGAACGAUCGAUAAGUGCGGAUAAGAGUGGAUAGUUUUAACUUCAAGGACCUCUAACGCCUAUUUUGGGCUACUUUGGGUUUGACCUAAACCAUCACCCCAGGAGGUCUCAGAGAUUUGCAUCAGAGAAUUUGAUCUUCCUUCCCGGAGGGCAUUAAAUAACAUUAAUAAACAAUAAUUUAGGACAUAGGAGUAAAAAAAAGAGGGUGAAAGUUGUAGCAUUUCGUACGAUAGGUUCCUUUUAGCUAUCGAAUGAGAUUAAAGGACUAACACGAGAGGAUGACGGGGAAUGUACAGUCAGUAUCAAAACGCACAGAAACAGAACAUGAACUCAUUACUAUAUGCAUUACAGAGGAGCAGCCAUAUCACUGCACGCAUCAGGGGGAACGAAAUCGAAAAGGGACAAAAAUAAGAGAAGGAAUUGUAGCACUUGAAGGCAGGGCGCACGAAGAUCUAUUACUUACACUUACCUAACUCGUGGUUUCUUCCUAUCCCCGUGUGCAUUUCCCAUAUCAUUAGGCGUAUUGUUCCUUAUUGUUUUUGUCACCCUUCUUUUGUUUAUCCCUCUCUCGGUCGUUUCCUCAUCAUUUUGUUUGAGUACAUUUAAUGAGCCAUAAUUUUCGUCAUACCAAAAAUAUGUAUUCUGUGAUAAAUUUCAAUAAAUGUCUAUAUUUUUAAGACGGUAACAUUUUCGGAGUGCCAGCGCAAGGAAGAAAGGUUACCGAUUGUA